AUGGCUUUGGGGAAGCGCGCAAAUGUGAGUGGUUUAUGCACUAUUUUUGGAAUUUUGAUCAAGACUGACUUGAUAAUAUUGUAACUUCUCUGGAAGGGCCUCGCCUGAUGCUCCACGUUGUCUUUUUUACGAGAUAUUGGCUGAUAAGAGUAAUGUAUUUUCAAAUAUUAGAAGUCCUUUACUUGUGAGCCCAUAUUUGUUAGUUUGUGCCUUCAGUGAAAUAUGGAGAAAAAUUUCUGCCAUCUUCUGUUUUAUCUCUGUUUGACUAUCAGUUGCAGUCUUCCUUCACAGAACACUUGCCAGCAUUUUGCAUCCUGGGGUGUCCUCGGUAAUAAAAGGCAGUUUUCUGCCGGAACAAAACCUCACCAAGAUGAGCCUUAUAUAAAACCACGGUGUCGCAUCGUAAAAUUUGGCUCUUGUCUGACUAGUUCCCGUGUAUAAGGGUUCUAAAUAGUGACUCAAACUGUGCGGAGUCACUACUUGAGGAUGCGCACUGCCAACAGAGUCCCCAAUAGGUUUCAGUCUCUUUCGUUGGGCUCCCAACUGAGCGAACGGUCUGGCCCUACCCUUUUCGACCAGCAGCACUUUGUUCACCUAAUUCUUACAGUCGCCAUUGCAACUCAUCCCUUUCGACGGAUUGCAACCUGCUAAUAGAAGCGAAGAGGCGAGUUCCAGGAAGUAGUCACGAAGAAGGAGACACGAUUGCUAGGACAAGAGCUUCAUUGGCCUGGCUUUCCGGAUUUUCACUCGAAUCCAUCAUCAGAGACAGAGUCAAAUAGGGGUGGUAAAUUGCCCAGGUGUUGCGGUAUUUAUAGGAUGUAGUUAUUAGGCCGCUACAUGACUGUCUCUGAUGAUAGAUUCGAGUGAAAAUCCGAAACGUCGGGCUAAUAAAGCUCUUGUCCCAACGAUCGUGUCUCCUUCUUCAAAACUGCAACGUGAUUGACAGAGUCCCUCCUGCCAGACUCCUGUUAACCCUGCGUUGUACGCAGCAUGAUAAGUGCGAGUCAUUAAAACCAACUACUUCUUCGAAAGGUUAUGCAUUUGCCAUUGUUAAAUGCCUGCUAACCUUUCGUACUACCAGCCUUCUAAGGUCCAGUUUCAAGCGAAAUGCUUAUUUAGUACGUGCGAUUUAGGUACAACGUUUCUUCAUGUCUUCUAUCCCGAACGGUCACUUGUGCUUGACCGAUGAGCGCAAGUGUCUGCGUGUUUCGGCCAUCUGUGUCAAAGGUCGAGGCCGCUAAACAUGAUAUUGAUUGGGACAAACUGCAAAUAUCUGCUUAGUCAUGGUAGCAACAUAUUUGGGUACUUUCUAUUGACCGCAAGUUUUUUAAGCAUGAUAAGAUUGUCAAUGGGGUCAUCAGUAGGUCUAACUACUGUCCAUGCGUAUUUCAUAAACCUUACCCGUUCUGGAUUAUGCUAAGUGAUCAUGGCCACCAUUAACUGGCCACGUACCACAAGUACCUGGCGGCCGGUCUGCAAGAGAAAGCCUUGUAUUUAUGGCCCAAAUUUUACUGAGAGAAGAAGCAAACCGUUUAAAUGGAACCAGUGCAGAGGGAGCGCAGUUUUGGCGAUUGACUAUUCACGUUAAUUAAUUAGGAUCAUUUUAACUGACCAUCGUUCAUUUAAGAAUAUUGUUAUAUCGAUGGCUGGCCAGAUUUGUGGUACUAAAUGCAAAAUUACACCACAAACUCAGAGGGGAGCAGCCAAUAGGAAUCGACUAUCAAGCUUCUUCAAUGUUCGGUUUGUACGAAGAACAAGGUAAAUUAGUCACUAGGUGCACUCUUUAGGCGAAUGCAAGCAUUAGUGGUUAGGGUUUAGUGAUAAAAGUAGCUCACAAGGAAUAAAUUGCGAUUUGUCCUUCAUGCGUAAUGUCGCGUGAACAAUAGGCGCUGAUGUUCCCCAGAAUUCACAGCGACUCCACGCCAGUUUCUUUGCGAGGAACGUCUUUGAUGGUAGGGAUGACAUCUAAUCAGUCUCAACUUACCUUCGUAGAUGCUAUCCAAAACAAAGUUAAACAGUGAAGGGGAACUGAGGCAUCCUCGGCCGACACGACUAGUCAUGGCAAACUCAAGUUCAGUCUCCCUAGAAUCUACUUAUUAUUCUUUUGACUUGUUGUGACUUUCUAUGGGGGUUAGUAACUUUUGACACGCAUCUUGACAUAGUGGACUUUCCUAUACACAAAUACUCAAUCAUACUUCCAGCUGGGGUUUCGCUCCUUUCUUACGGCUCUAUGGAACAUUUUCAGGAUUUUGGUUCGUUAAAAGGUGCUCUAAUUUUAACCAUCUGGUUCCUGGAAUGACUCUGGCUUUCGAAGUAAACUAUGAUUCCAUCCAAAAUUAAUAAGGGUAUUUGAAGUCCAAUCAUCAGAACAGGGUUUGACAGGUUUGACUUGAGUUUUUCGUGUUAACAUUCAAAUUGAAUGUUACAAACUCUUUACAUGCGUAAAUCCGUCAAAAUGAAAUGACACGAAUGUCUCUUUGCUUUGUCUCUGCCGAUCUGUUGCCUUUUGACAAAAAUGCUGCCUGCCCUCCAAGGGAAUCAUAAUUUUGGUAGGCAGACCAGGUUAAAGGGAUGAAGGAUGUGUCUUGCCGUAUAGUUGGGAAGGGUUAAGCGUGAUGGAUCAGGAUGGUCGCGAGCUUCCGACAUAUUGCCGGCAAACUUGAUAGUUUGACCAGGACAUCCGACGAUGUCCACCGUGUGCUCCACAGCAAGGUGAAGCAGGCACGCUGACUUGCUCGGGAUUUAGUUUAUAGUGAUUGCAGGCUUGCGCAGCAUCCACCGUACUUUCUCCUCCCCCACCUGGGCCCGGAGUCAAGACAGAGUUGAAAAGCCCGGAGGCGACGGAGGACGCAGGUGGAUGGCACGGCUGAGCCCGCACCUUGGCGCUCCACACCACAUCCCCUUGUCCACACAACAAAUGACCAGGUUUUUUUACCAACUACAAUAGCACGACAGGUCAGAAGGAGGAAGAUGACUGGGCAGUCAUGCUCACGAUCUGUAUGUCCAGCGGGAGCGCAAGCGCACCUGCCGACGGUAACCAGGCGCCAGAGAACUGCCAGCGCAUACCAGACUGCGAAGAACAUGGUUUGCUGAUCCUGGCAUAGCAGACGCUUACCGACCUUUAGGCUCAGAAUGGUGGCACGUGGCCCUGCAUUUUCCUGGACCGUCACCCUUCAAGGCUGGGUAACCAAUCAGUCGUCGAUUGAGAGACACUACCCAUAAAGCUCACGCACACACACUCCUCAUAUGCGUGAGAGUGUCACAGAUCAGUUAAGAAGAAACCGUGACAGCAUAUCUCUCAGCCCCCAGCCCGCCACUUCGCACAAACACACACCAUUGAGCUGACUGCGUGGAUUAAGUUGAGACGUCAGCCGGCAGCCUUCCAAGCCACGGCGCUUGGCCCACCGUAAUAGCCUCAGACCCAGAUCGCACAUGCGGUCAUAUUGAGAAGUCUCCGAGAAGCACACUUCGCACUUACGUGAGAGGUGACAAUUAAGUGCUUAUGAUGGGCGAUGGUGUUUUGUGGUACUGGUGUUCGUGGGGGAAAUGUGAUGGUAUAGUGUGGCCGGUGAUUUUCUACUGCAGGUUUUCGUGAAUGCGCAUGUGUCCUACUAGGCCUAUGCGCUGAGUGAAUGUUCAGGUGCAUUGACUAUGUGGCGAGUGUAAGUUGGCGCCCUAGGCACAGCUGGGCCAGUCCCCAUGCGACAAAUUCGCAAGUGACCAAACUGGCCGAUGUGCGAGGCGAAUGUGCGAUCUCACUGAGGACAGGCAUGAACCAAGUCCCGAUCGCUGGAGGUGGGGACAUUGGCGAUGUUCGAAGUUGAUGAGACGUCGGACGUCGCCCCAUCGGCGGGAGGAGCAUGUGAAGACGUGGUGGUGAUGCUGGCCGCUGCGGUCGAUGCAGGGGUUAGGGCAGGGCGGACGAUGGCAGUGGCGCAGCGAUAGCGUGAUCGUCCAAGACGAAGAUGUUCGUCGACGCGGGUUUUGCGGCAGGGGCGAGAGUGAGAGGGGAGGUCGACGUUGUCGGGCUAAUGACGCAUCGUGUCCGAAGGUUUCCAACAAGACCGAUUCGUGCGCGGAAUGCACGUUGGCAGCGCGGGAAUGUUGGAAGCGACGGAUGGUUGGCACUGAGGAGGCGGAGAUUUUGUGGUUUACGGGCCUCCCGUUUAGCUUUGACUGCAGCGAUCCUAUUUGCAUCGUAGAUGGCAGCGCCGAUCUUCACUUCGCUUCCCUAGGCCGGUUUGUUCUGGGCGAAAUACUCCUAGGUCUCAGAAUUGAUAUACAACCGCUUAAGAUAAUUCUUCAAUGUGUCAUUGUAGCGUCGUUUUGAUCCUCCAGGCCGGCGAGCACCGGUGGUGACAUCACCAUAGAAGAGCUGCUUCGGUAGUCGUGUGACUUCCAUCCUCACGAGAUGACCGUCCAUGCCCCGUCGCACGUCCACGGUCAUGGCGUUGAGCGCACAGUUCUCGCGAAGAGCAGAUCAUGGAGCGUGGUCGUAGAUACCCACGUUCGGGUCUGCAUGCGCCUGCUGUUGAGAAGAUGCCCGUCAGUUCUGUAGCCGAUGUGUAUCCGGGACGCUCAUCAUGGUGGGCGUCCAUCAGGAUGGCAGAGAACAUAGGAUUGAAGGGCGUAGGCGCGAGGAUGCAGCCCUGCUUCACUCUAUUGGCCAUUACGAAUGCCCCAGAGAUUGCGUCGUUGUCCGUGAAACGCACCAUUAUCCCGUCGUGUAGCUGACGUACCGUGUGCGUAAAUCAUUCAGGACAGUUGAAUUUAUUUGCUUUUCCACAGUCUCUUGCGAUUUACCGUAUCAAGGGCCUUUUUCAAGUCCACGAAUGUGAUGUAGAGGUGGCUUCGCAUUUCCUGGCACCUCCUGUAGCAGGUAAGCGGCAAACCUCAUGUCGAUGACGACCCCGUGUCGUCGGAAACCACAUUGGCUUUUCGGCAGUAGUUCUUGCUCAAGGUGAUUAAGGAGGUGAUCAAAGAGGAUGCGCGCGAAGAUCUUCGGGGCAAUGUUAAAUAGUAAAAUGCCCCAGACUUGUCGGUUGCCUUUGUGCAUGUGGAGGUGAACAAUGGUUGCGUCCUUGAAGUCCUGAAGAACUUGUCCACAGUGCCACACCUCCUGAAACAACGUCGUGAGUUGGUCCAUCAGGCAGUGGCCGCCGUGCUUGUAGAUUUCGGUUGGGAGGAAAUUCGUUUCUGUCCGAGUUCGAAUGAAUGCUGCCCACACUAGUAUAUGUAGGAGCUGGGAAAAAUACGGGCACCCCUAAAUACUUGUUUCGCCUUGGGUGCCAGUGUAUACGUAUAGACGCGGGACGGUUUUUUUUAACUUGGUUAAGCGUGUACAAUCCGGGAGCUUCACCCAGACCUUCCUUCAAAUAUGACACUGUUGGAAGGGCGAGUUUUAUUGCCAGAGGUCUUCUGUGACUGGUGAAAUAAGGUCCGCGCCUGCUUUUUUGUCGCGCCCAUAUUACUCUCAAACGAGUUCGACUCCGUCUGCUUUAGAUCAGCACAACAUCCAUAUGCUAAAGACGAUUUUAGGCAAAAUGUCUACGUCACCGUUACAUUCGGCAGCGUAUUCUCUGAAAUGCUGGCAUAAUAAGGUAAUACCAAGAUCUUUACCUCGAAAUUGUUCGCAGUAUUAACCUAGAACAUUUAAGAUUUUAUGGUCCACCCACAAUGAUUUCGUUAAAGCCCAGGUUUACUUGGAGUACAACUAUCUGUCGGUUGUCAUGAUCAUGUGCCACUUUUUUGACGUCCUCGGAUUGAUUAGCUACCUCAACCAGUGAAGGCCUGCUACGAUAGAAAACACGUGACUUGCUAGUAGUUUGUAUUCCGCGGCUUGCCAGACCGGUUAGAUCGUUUAGGGUCUCACAAGAAGCUACAUUGUUAACCCAAUUCAGGGUUGCCGGUGGAACCUCUUGCACUCGAUUUUGGGCCGGCAUGGUGUAGACAGGUACACAUAAGCCUAGUCACUCGCCAGCUCAUCACAAAACUCAUGUUUCCGACGAAACAUAGUUUGCAUUUAUCCCUCGACGUCGGCCGAAAUUUAUUAUGAUGAGUUAGGGGGUAAUAACCGCAUCACCGUGAUGAACCAUCCCCAUGGAGCCGUCGUUCCAUUUUCCGAAUUCACUUUUCAAUGCCGAACAGUGGAAGCAAAAAGAUUCGAACGGCCAUAAAUUGAUGUCGUCAGGCAGAGUUAAACUGCCGAAUGCGCGAUUCUCCGCCCAGCUCGUACUGAAAAAGUGACGGAUAUUUAUUAGGAUUGCAUACCACAAGAAGUUUAAUUUUCAUAGUCGUCUAUCUUCUGCGUCGGCAGAUUUGUCUUGCAUCCCACUCGAAACGUAGCCCCGACCACACUAGGCACGGUUUGCAGGCCAGGAGUAAGGGGAUAUUGGUGUCUUGCAGAGUCUGGAGGCUCGUUGCUGUAACUCAACAGUAGGUUACUAGUGAAAAUUUCAAAGUUCGACGGCCCGACGCCACCCGGCAAUAGUUGUUUUGAUUGCCCGAGUCCUGCUUGAGAAAAGUGGUUCCCACUUAUUUGAGUUCCAGACUGACGACUUUAAUAUAUGCAGACUUCGCUUUCUUUUUUCACGAAUCAUUUGGUGUUGUUUCAUUCGGCUGAUUAAUUUUUUUUGAAAGACACGACUCCCACCAGAAGUGAACAGGGUCCUUCUGGUGAAGAAUUUGCCCUAUAACAUCUCGGCGGAGGAGAUGUAUGACAUAUUUGGCAAGUACGGCGCCAUCCGCCAGAUCCGAGUCGGCAACACACCCGAGACAAAGGGCACUGCGUUGGUUGUGUAUGAGGACAUCUUUGACGCGAAAAAUGCCUGCGAUCAUCUCAGCGGUUUCAACGUCUGCAACCGAUACCUUGUUGUACUCUACUACCAGAAGAAUAAGGUGGGUUAUGCUGCUGUAAUUAUUAAAUGCCAUUACUAAUACUUUGGCAGUCAACUUAUCUCUUCAUUUUCUUGAAGUCUACUGUUUACUCACCAUUUCAACAAUUUAUAAAAGAUUGCUUGCGACACAAGAGACGGAGACAGAGGGGUUUUGACUUCCUGCUCUGUUUUCCCACCAAAUCGACGUGGUUGCAACACUAGUAAAAUUAAUUUGAGCCCGGAUAUAAACAGCUGUAUAGAAACUCAAAACAUGAGCCUAGCAUGAAACUCGUUAGCACAGAGAGUGGGGAUGCCUCCGUGUUUUGUGCCAUGUUUUUUUUCAUGUCGUCUUUGCUUCCCUGUUUUAGCAAUUCAAAAAGGUCGACGUGGACAAAAAACGCGAAACUCUGGACCACUUGAAGGCCAAAUACGGAUUAAACACCCCCAGGGCCAAAUAA